UAGGAUACUCUAACGCUAACUUGUGUGACUCCAGAGGUGACCUGCAGAUUUAACUGCCCACAGAAGAAACUUGACGUCGUGACACAAGCCAAGGCUGGAAGCCUGACGGAGGACAUCGGUGGGAGCUCGCUGAUCCUCCAGAGAAAUCAAGUUCGUGGCAGAAGAAUGGGCCGUGGAAGAGCAGCAAGGCUCCUGCCACCUAUAGGACUCGCGUCAAUAUGGUCGCUCCUGAUGCUUUCUACCGUCAUGACGCAAGCAGUUUCCGCGAAGUGUGGUGAGUCUACGGUCAACACCACCUCAACAAGCUAUCAAGAUAAUUGCACGUCACCCAACACCAGUAGCGCAUUCAGCCAAGAUGUCUCUCCCAGUCCAACCAGUAGCGCAUUCAGCCAAGAGGUCUCUCCCAGUCCAACCAGUAGUGCUUUCAGCCAAGAGGUCCCUCCCAGUCCAACCACUAGCGCAUUCCACCAAGAGGGCUCUCCCAGUCCAUCCAGUAGCUCAUUCAGCCAAGAGGUUCCUCCCAGUCCAUCCAGUAGCUCAUUCAACCAAGGUGUCCCUCCCAGUCCAACCAGUAGCAUAUUCCACCAAGAGGUCUCUCCCAGUCCAACCAAUAGCUUGUUUCCCAGUAUGCCCAGUAGCACACUGCCACCCCAUCUAUUAAGCAAUAGCGCCUCCCCCAGCAGCACAUUGCUUCCCAGUACAUUAAGCCAAGAAGCUCCUCCCAGUCCAAUCAGCAGCUUGUUUCCCAGUAUGCCCAGUAGCACACUGCCUCCCCAUCUAUUAAGCAAUAGCGCCUCCCCCACUCCACCCAGCAGCCCACUGCUUCCAGUUUCAUUUAGUAAUGGCAUAUCUCCCAGUUCGCCCAGUAACACAGUGUUCCCCACUCCAACAAGCAAUGGAACUCCUCCCAGUCCACCCAGCAGCAUGUCUCCCAGUCUGGCCAGCAGCACAAAUCCCCACAGUGUAUUCACUAGCACCAGUUCUCCCAGUUCCAGUGGCCCCACUGACUUGUCAUCCUUCAGCACCAGCUCAACAGCUCCACCAACGGUGACAAGCAGCAACAGCACGCUGCCCCUUGUGGCUGCUCCCAUCGUAUUCAAGAUAAAUCAGCAAUUCAAUAGUGAACUUUCCAACAAGUCAUCUCCAGUGUUCAAGUUUUUCAGUGAUGAGGUCUCGGGUGAGCUGACCGGUGUUUACAAAAGGCAAUUCCCAGAAACCUUUGAGAGAGUGGACAUCUUGAGCUUCAGCAAUGGCUCCAUCCUCACGAAUGCUAGUGUUAUUUUUCAAACAGCAGUCACUGCUGCCCCAUCUCCUUCAGACAUAGUGAGGACACUGGCAACUGGAGUACAGAGUAAUGCCUUGGGCAACCUCAGUGUCAUCGCUGACACGAUAGUGUCGACCGGUGUGACACUCAGCUCCCUGCCUCCUCUCGCUGUGCAGAUCCAGAUGAUCGUCCUCACCAGCUUUGGCACCCCAGAAUCAGAGAACUUGACCUCCAUAAUCAAUCAAAAGCUAAUGGACAUCCUAUCAUUGGCCUACAAUGGGACCAUCGUCAACAGCAGUGUCAGCAGCAGCAACAGUACUGGAUGGACACAGAUGACAGCAAACUAUGAGCUGAACACACCCAACAUUCAGCCGGAGUCCGUGGUGCUGCAGCAGAUUCGCUCAAACAUCUUGGUGAACUACGACCAGACGUCCCUGGCAGUGAAUGGAGUCAACACAAUGUUCAGUAGCUUCUCCUACUCCCUGCGAAUUACAAGCCUCAACUUCACAAACGACCUUACCAACAAAGGGUCCAUGCAGUUUGCUGCAAGCUCCUUGAACAUUUCCAGCGCUCUGGCCUCACUCUUCCACUCCAAGAGUAAUCUCGUGCAGGUUUUCAUCAACAACUUUACCCAAGGCUCGGUAGUUGCCAAUACACAGCUUAUCUUCACGCAGAACUCCAUUUCUGAUGCACAGGUGCAACAGGUCAUCUUGAAUGGAGCAAGCAAUUUGACUGCAGUUGGCAUCGUCAUUGAUCCGGCCUCAUUCAGCACCUCUAGUACAACAACUACAAGCACCAGCACAGCCUCGUCCAACAGCACCAGCUCUGCACCUCAGGCUACACAAGCCAAUGGAACUCAACCAGCAGCAGCUACACCAACCAGUAUGGCACCUGCUAAUGGGACUACACAAACCAACACAACCACCAUAACUGCAGCUCCAAAUAACGUAACUUCAACAAGCAUCCAGAACAACAGCACAGCCUUACCAACUGCACAAACCGUUGCAGCAUCUGUGACGACCGUCAACAACACAAACUCCACAACUGCACAUACCGUUGCAGCAUCUGUGACGACCCUCAACAACACAAACUCCACAACUGCACAAACCGUUGCAGCAUCUGUGACGACCCUCAACAACACAAACUCCACAACUGCACAUACCGUUGCAGCAUCUGUGACGACCGUCAACAACACAAACUCCACAACUGCACAUACCGUUGCAGCAUCUGUGACGACCGUCAACAACACAAACUCCACAACUGCACAAACCGUUGCAGCAUCUGUGACGACUGUCAACAACACAAACUCCACAACUGCACAAACCGUUGCAGCAUCUGUGACGACCCUCAACAACACAAACUCCACAACUGCACAUACCGUUGCAGCAUCUGUGACGACCGUCAACAACACAAACUCCACAACUGCACAUACCGUUGCAGCAUCUGUGACGACCGUCAACAACACAAACUCCACAACUGCACAAACCGUUGCAGCAUCUGUGACGACCGUCAACAACACAAACUCCACAACUGCACAAACCGUUGCAGCAUCUGUGACGACCCUCAACAACACAAACUCCACAACUGCACAUACCGUUGCAGCAUCUGUGACGACUGUCAACAACACAAACUCCACAACUGCACAAACCGUUGCAGCAUCUGUGACGACCCUCAACAACACAAACUCCACAACUGCACAUACCGUUGCAGCAUCUGUGACGACCGUCAACAACACAAACUCCACAACUGCACAAACCGUUGCAGCAUCUGUGACGACCGUCAACAACACAAACUCCACAACUGCACAUACCGUUGCAGCAUCUGUGACGACCGUCAACAACACAAACUCCACAACUGCACAAACCGUUGCAGCAUCUGUGACGACUGUCAACAACACAAACUCCACAACUGCACAAACCGUUGCAGCAUCUGUGACGACCCUCAACAACACAAACUCCACAACUGCACAAACCAUUGCAGCAUCUGUGACGACCCUCAACAACACAAACUCCACAACUGCACAAACCGUUGCAGCAUCUGUGACGACCCUCAACAACACAAACUCCACAACUGCACAUACCGUUGCAGCAUCUGUGACGACCCUCAACAACACAAACUCCACAACUGCACAAACCGUUGCAGCAUCUGUGACGACCCUCAACAACACAAACUCCACAACUGCACAAACCUUUGCAGCAUCUGUGACGACCGUCAACAACACAAACUCCACAACUGCACAAACCGUUGCAGCAUCUGUGACGACCGUCAACAACACAAACUCCACAACUGCACAAACCUUUGCAGCAUCUGUGACGACCGUCAACAACACAAACUCCACAACUGCACAAACCGUUGCAGCAUCUGUGACGACCGUCAACAACACAAACUCCACAACUGCACAAACCGUUGCAGCAUCUGUGACGACCGUCAACAACACAAACUCCACAACUGCACAAACCGUUGCAGCAUCUGUGACGACCGUCAACAACACAAACUCCACAACUGCACAAACCGUUGCAGCAUCUGUGACGACCCUCAACAACACAAACUCCACAACUGCACAAACCGUUGCAGCAUCUGUGACGACCGUCAACAACACAAACUCCACAACUGCACAAACCGUUGCAGCAUCUGUGACGACCGUCAACAACACAAACUCCACAGCUGCACAAACCGUUGCAGCAUCUGUGACGACCGUCAACAACACAAACUCCACAGCUGCACAAACCGUUACAACAUCUGUGACGACCCUCAACAACACAAACUCCACAACUGCACAAACCGUUGCAGCAUCUGUGACGGCCGCCAACAGCACAAACUCGCCAACCACCAGCACACCAAGCAGCAGUGCCAACUCAACUGUGAGUCUUCAGUUCACCGUUAUGGACACUUUCACACCUGACCUUAACAAUGCGACUUCAGAAGCAUACAAGAACUUCACUGGUCGGAUCAUCCAUGGACUUGAUGAGACCUUCAAAUUCCAGUUCAAGGAGAAGUUUAACAGGACUGAAAUCAAGCGACUCAGCCCGGGUUCCGUCAAAGUUGAGGCCAACUGCAUCUUCAAUGCCAAUACCAACGUCACCAGUACUGAAGUGGUUCGAAGUGUCGUACAGGGAAUAAACAGUGGUGCACUGAGCAGCCUCAACAUCAAUGAGAACACCAUUUCUUCCAACAAUGUAACUGUGCAGAGUCUGGGGCCCAUCACUGUGCACAUCGAGCUCAUCAUCUUCAUUGGCUUUUCAAGUGCGCCUCAGCUCAACAGCAUCUUGGACAACUGGCUGCAGCCAUUCCUGAUGGCGAUAUAUAAUGCAAGUAGUGUGAGCGGCAACUACACCUACAGUGACAGCAACGGCUGGACCAAAGUUGUGUCAGACAAGCUGGUGAACACAACGGCCCUGCUCCCAGACGACACGGUCUUUCAGGGUCUUCUAGCCAGCAAAAGUCCUGUGCUUUAUCAAAUUUCUUCUGUGAAGAUUAACAAUUUCAUUGCACAAAGCCUGUACCAGACAUUCCAACAAAGCUUUAGAAUAACUAACAAGAAUUUUGACUCCACGCUUAGCAACAAGAGCUCUACUCAAUUCAUGAGCUUCAGCCAAGAGGUGGUAACUACAGUGUCCAUGCUGUUUUCAGACCAGAAUGGAUUUCAGCAGUUGUUCAUCAACACCUUCACGUCAGGCUCCGUCGUGGCCAACAGCAGCUUUGUAUACAACAACAACAUGGGUUCAAGCUCACAGAUACAGCAGACUCUUGCAAAUGGAAUCAGCACACUCUCCUUAUCGGGACUUGACAUCGAUCCUGUAUCACUUUUUCCUGGUGUGACUCUUCCACCAUCCACUCCAAGGCCAUUCCCAGGAUUUGCUGUGGCCAUCAUCGUGCUUUGUGGCUUGGCCAUCCUGUGCUUCCCGCUAAUCAUUAUUGCUCUUGUGAAGACCGGCGCAUGUAGGAAACUGUCCCGUGCUUUCGCUCUCAAAACACCCAGCAGUACGGACCUGAAGAUUCCUCUUUGGGAUGAUUAGGAAAGGUCCACUGAAGAUAGGAGUUCUUCAAAAAUACUUAGAUGUUUACUUUGUCCUAAACUUGCACAAAAGAAGACGAGUUCUAAUAUAUAUUUGGAUUUUUAUUAUUUGUACUGCCGCAGAUUUUGAAUCCUUUCCCUCAUUCUCAAAUGUCUCUUCAGUGAUCCAGCUGAAAGUCUGAUUUCACACACCAAAUAAAUAAAGCUAAGAAUCAAUCACAGAACACUGGAAUUCGCAUACUUGCAAACUGUGGACGCUAUCCCCUAUUGUAUACUUCCAAGUGUUUCCUUCAAGAUGUUUUAAUAAAUGACCCAGCAGCAGGCACAUUUGGCUGCAUGUCAGUCUUACCAGAAGGAGCUUUGCUAAGCCAGUAGCCCUGCAACUCACUGAGUGGUUGGUUAUCAAGCCCCAGGUCACAUGUAAAGGAUGAAGAAAAUCUCAGCUGAGGGUCAAUCUGCUGCUCAUCACAGCAGGGUGUCACUUCUCUAAGGUCCACAUGAAACAGAAGCAAGCUCAGAUUCUACAUGCUACACUAUGCAUGUUACACCAUGAUUUACAGAAACACCAAAGGUUUCAUUUCGCAAUACAGAAAAUAAGCAGGAUUUACAACAAUGUCUGUUUAUGCCUUUGGUCAGCUCAUUUUCCCAGCUUUGUUGCACUUGUCAUUUAUACACUGUCAAUCAUUUUGAGAGACUUUGUCUCUCUGGAUUCCUCGGUCAGACAAGAGUGUUAAAUUACAGCACUGCGCAUUAGACUAAACGUACAGUUCAUUUCUUUCAGAUAGGGAAAAGACACCAGGGAGCCAGGUCCCUGAAAGGACAUGCAAGACUGGUGUCAAAUCAAUGAAGGAUGGGGAGCACUGAUGACUCGCCCAGUCUGCUAGUGGGUCAGGAAUGGUGAGAAUUUCAAGAUACUACAAGAGAAGUAGCCAAAUCGUACCUCUCAAUCUUGAUGGAUGAUGAACCACUGAGGACUCGCAGACAGGAGACGGUGACUGUGCUUAACAAACAUAAAGUAUACCUCUGCACCUGUGUGUGUGUGCAAUAAGUUGAUAGUGCUCUGCUGUUUUUCUGACUUGUAUUUAUUUGUUUCAUACACUAAGUGCUUGAGGAUCGCUAAAAGUGUUAUUUAGUUCUGAUGUUAUUUGCUAACGUAAAAGCUCUGUAUUUUAAUAAAUAUAUAUGAUGCUCAUAUUGUGCAUUUGAGAUUUA